AUGAAGCUCUCUGCCCUUCUAACGACGCUCGGGCUUCUGCUCUCUGGGGCCGCUGCCAUCGAGAUGGAAGUCCGAGAAGAAGCCGGCGGUGACUGGAUUCUAAUUCCCGUCGAAGACGGAGUGUGCAAGACAUUCGACGUGGGAGUCGUGCAGAUUAACCUCGUCCCCUGGUCCAACGGCGGAAAGUCUUUCCUUUGCAGGACAUACUCGUAG